AUGCGUCUCACGGCAGACCUGAUCCAAUCUUCCCUCUCCUACCUCAACCCACUCAAAGAGCGGGAGCUUGAUCUUCGAGGCCAUAAGAUCCCCGCCAUAGAGAACCUCGGUGUCGCCGGUCCCCACGAUGCGAUCGACUUUACAGACAACGAUAUCCAAGUCCUAGGCAAUUUCCCUCUAUCAGCACGGUUACGAACACUGCUGUUGGCGCGCAACAGAAUCACAGGCAUCCAACCCUCACUCGCCAACUCGAUACCAAAUCUCACGACAUUGGUGUUGACGGCCAAUAACUUUGCGGAGCUGGCAGAUUUGGAUGUUCUUGCUACAUUUCACCACCUUACACAUCUAGUCUUGUUGGAGAAUCCCGUUACGAGAAAAGAGAACUACCGGUACUGGGUUAUCUGGAGAUGUCCAACUGUCAGAUUUUUUGAUUACAAAAAGGUUAAGGAUGUAGAGCGUGAGAAGGCGAAGAAGCUUUUUGGUACUUCUGCUGAGCCAUCUGCGCUGGCUUCGAAGAUUAUGGGCGUUAAGUCCAAGACCUUCGAUAUCCCUUCAGCGAACGGUUCAGCAGCUGUCUCAACAUCGAAGAAUUACCGCGUCAAGUUGACCGACAAGGAACGAAAGAAGGUGGAGGAGCUGAUUAGGAACGCCAAGAGCUUGCAGGAUAUCAUUCGCUUGGAGCAGGAACUAAAUGAGGGGCGUGUGCCGGCAGCUGCUCAGGGUGUAGAUGAUAUGGAGGAAUGA